UCCGAACACGCAAAAACAAGUUUUCACUUCCCAGACUCAGUUUCCAGCUAUCUCCAGCUUGCUGGUUAUCCACAGGAAGUACAUAUGAGAGUAAAUUGGACUAUCCUCGACCAUGCUUUUCGCGGUUCUUACGAAGGAACACAAAGUCAUUGUUCAGCACUUUGUCCAACUUCCAAAACUCAUUCAGAAAUCCUCCAGAUCUGUUUGCCGGAACGCAACAUCAUACGUACAAAGUCUCUCCAGUCUCCAGUGAUAAAGAGGAAGAAGAAACGGAUAUCUCCACUGGUGUCAUUUCGGAUGUUGGCUCAAGGUGUUGCUGACCGCACACGUUGCAUGUCAUGGCCAUGUUGGGCCUCUCCUGGACUGCGGGGCGGGCUGUGCCGAAGAGUGCGGCAGCUGCUGAGAGGUGCCAGCGGGACACCUCAAGAUGAGGAGCCUGUGGUGAUCUUCCCGUGGAAUCCACUUCGAACAGAUAAGACUCAAUGGAACAAGGAAGAUGAGGCCUUCGGAAUUCUCCACUCGUCCAGGUCGUCCCUUUGGCAACAGACUUUGCACCUGGCCUUGGAGCGAACCAGUGAAACGCCGAACGCUUCGUGGUCGAAGCGUCAGCAGCUGGUGACGUUGAAUGUGGCGAUGGCGGCGUGCAAGAGCUGUAGCCAGUGGCAGCAGGUCCUGGGGCUUUUGGACCUGAUGCCCCAGCUGGAGCUCCAACCGGACCACGUGAGCUGCAAUGCUGCCAUCAGCUCCUGCGACCGCUGGGUCUUCGCCCUACACAUCUUCGCCACGAUGCACCAGAUGUCGGUGCGCCGGGACGUGAUCAGCUUCAACGCGACGAUUCGCGCGUGCGCGCGGAAGCAGCCGAAGCAGUGGCGCCAGGCUUUAGGCCUUUUGUCAGCCAUGGCCAAAGAGAACAUCCAGCCCAGUAUCAUCAGCUUCAACACCGCUCUGAACGCCUUUGACCACCGCCACUGGCCAUGGAGUUUGGCGCUCCUGAGCACUGCCCUGGAAAGACGCUUGGUGCCGGAGACCGUGACCCUGAACGCGAUGCUGGCGGUCUGUAGGGAAGGCCGCUGGGUUGCAGAACAACCACACCCAUACAGAACACUGGCAGAAGUGCAAUCAUACGAAAACACUGGUACUGUGGAACUUCGCAGUCUUAAGACUCCCUCCUUGUCGCAUCCAAAAGUUCUGAAGAGGAGAUGAAUCCCUUGAAAGUCCAAGUCCAAAAUCUGUUGGAAGCAGCUCCAGGCUGGGCCUCACUACUUGACUUGUGUACAAAGGUAGAGAUGGCUCUCAUAAAGGUCAAAAUGAUGACCAGUUUAAUGUCCCCAUCGCCUCCUUUCGUGCUUUCCUGAGAUCCUACUAUAGUCACUAUAGUCCAUGUGUUUCAUUCUCCGUUUGCGCAGGACUUUGAUCGUGUUUGAUUUUGAGGGCGGAAGGAACAGGUCCAGGAAGGUCCGCGUGGCUGAACUCUGCUGAUUUGAGGCGGGCUUUGGCCACAAGCAAUUGAGAUUUGGCAGGACAUGUGGAAGAUGAAGGUGACGGCAAACUUGGUGACCUACAACACCAUCAUCAGUGCCUGUGAAAAAGAUGGAGAAUGGCAAGGGGCUUUGAGCAUUUUGAGUACCAUGCUUGGAGCCCAAGUGCAGCCAGAUGUGAUAAGCUACAGCGCAGCCAUCAGUUCCUACGAGAAGACGGGAAGAUGGCAGCAAGCGUUGCGUUUGUUUGCAGACAUGUUUGAGGCAAAGCUUGUGCCCGACAUCGUGAGUUUUAGUACAACCAUUAGCUCUUGUGCUCGAGUUGGGAGAUGGCAGCACGCAAUGGGCUUGCUAGAGGUCAUGUCGCAGUUAUCCACUCGGAUGAAUGUGGUUGCCUUCAAUGCGCUCAUUAGUUCCUGUGAGAAAAGUGGGCAAUGGCAGCGGGCCGUAAACCUGCUUGAGGUCAUGACAAAGGAGAAGAUUCCUCCAGAUGUUGUGAGCUGUAGCUCAGCGAUCAGUGCUUGUGAGAAGAGCGCCUCAUGGCAACAGGCAAUCAGCUUGUUGGGGGCGAUGCCCAGGAUGACGGUGCGGCCAAAUGUUUUUAGCUUCAACGCCACCAUCAGUUCCUGUGAAAAGACUGGGCAGUGGCAGCCCGCUUUGUGUUUGUUUGAAGCAAUGCCCGCGGCAAAAAUUCAGCCAGACAUCAUCAGCUUCAAUGCAUCCAUCAGCUCUUUUGAGAAGGGGCAAGGCUGGCAGUUGGCCCUGAAUCUGUUUCACACCAUGCCCAAGUCCCAAGUUCAACCUGACUUAGUUAGCCACAGUGCUGUCAUCAGUGCUUGCCACAGAGGGAGUCAAUGGCAGCAGGCACUGAUUUUUUUGGAAGGCUACAAGGCUUUGGUGGGCAGAGCCCAUCAUAAGAGCAGGCAUUUGGCAAAAAUGCACAUGAUUGGAGGGUGUUUGAUGUCCUCAAAUUGCAGUGCACAUCAUCCGUGGCUGCUCUUUGUUGCAGAUCUGCAGAUCAG